CAGCAAUACUUGUCAAUUCCCAUCCUUCAUCCAAAAAAGAAAAACACCUAGAAAGCAUUAGAAAUAUCAAACUAGAAACAGAGAAAAUGGCAACCAAUGGAGAAGCUGGCAGACACCAAGAAGUUGGACACAAGAGUCUCUUGCAAAGUGAUGCUCUUUACCAGUAUAUUCUUGAAACUAGUGUGUACCCAAGAGAGCCAGAAGCCAUGAAAGAGCUCCGGGAGAUAACAGCAAAUCACCCUUGGAACAUCAUGACAACCUCUGCUGAUGAAGGCCAGUUCUUGAACAUGCUUCUGAAGCUCAUCAAUGCCAAAAACACCAUGGAGAUUGGCGUCUACACUGGCUACUCUCUUCUCGCCACUGCCCUUGCUCUCCCUCAUGACGGCAAGAUUUUGGCAAUGGAUAUCAACCGCGAAAACUACGAGAUUGAAUUCAAGGAAGGCCCUGCACUUCCUGUUCUUGAUCAAAUGAUCCAAGAUGGAAAAUACCAGGGCUCGUAUGAUUUUAUCUUCGUGGAUGCGGACAAGGACAACUACUUGAACUAUCACAAGAGGCUUAUCGAUUUGGUUAAGGUUGGUGGACUGAUUGGAUACGACAACACGUUGUGGAAUGGAUCGGUGGUGGCGCCGGCAGAUGCACCGUUGAGGAAGUACGUACGCUACUACAGAGAUUUCGUGUUAGAGCUCAACAAAGAAUUGGCUGCUGAUCCAAGAAUUGAGAUUUGUCAACUUCCCGUCGGAGAUGGGAUCACCCUCUGCCGCCGUGUCUACUAAAUCUUUAACUUCAUCGCCCCCGUUACGCUCAUCUCUUAUUGUUUCAUUACUUGAGUUUCCUCUGUAAUUUUCACCCUUUUCAAUUCGAUCUGUGGGUUAACAAUUGUAUUGCCAAAAUUGAACUUCGACCUUAUUACAAUAUAUAAAUUUAGCAAAUCAAGUGCAUA